AUGAAUUUACACCUUGUCGGGAAGGCGACACUUGCAAAGGAAAUAUACAAUUGUUGUGCUGCCCAGAAGAAGUUUAGGCACAUGACUUAUCUGGAGAUCGAUCUGGACAAGUCAAAUGUGCAAGUUAGGCCCAUGUGGUCAAGGAAGUCACGGAAGCAAGUGUUGUGGGAUCUUCUCCGGGUACAGAUGAGUACUUCAAACGAUUACAUAUCUUGGUUUCGGAAAGCAUCCACCAUGGGGCCUGUAUUGAUUGUGCUUGAUGGUGUUCACAAGAUAGGCCAGUUUGAGUUUAUUAUACCUUUCGCAAAGGACCUCCAUGCAGGCAGUCGCAUCAUCAUCACAUCUCGCGAUGGAAGCAUUUUCAACAAUAUUGCAGGAAGAGCAGGUUCAGUUGUUCGCCGUUUGUUUAUGGUCUCUAAACUCGGCCCAAGUAAUUCCAAUAAGCUUUUCAAUUGGCAUGCAUUUCAAGCUGAGGAAGCUCCAGAAGACUAUAGAGAGCUAGCUGAGGAUAUUGUGAAAUCGUGUGGAGGUUUGCCGCUUGCACUGAAGGUGUUUGGAUCGAGCUUGUGCAACAGAACAGCGGAUAGAGAUCGAGAAAGGAUAUGGCCGGAAGCAGUGCGUGCAUUGAGGCAAAGUGGAGAUGUCAUGGAUGUAUUGAGAUGGAGCUAUGACAUCCUCACUGAAUCUGAGAAGCACAUGUUUGUCGAUAUCACAUGUCUCUUCUAUGGUCGGCCAUUGAAGGAGGCCAAACCAUACUGGAAAAGUUGUGAAGAUUGUGCGUCGUGUGGUGGUGUACAGUGUCUCGACCUUUCGUUACGAAAUCUUUUCAGCAAAAAUUUGGCGGUGGUGGUGGUGGACCUUUUUUCUUGUCCCGCGUCUAGAAGUGCAUGAUUUGUUACGAGAUUUGGGUCAAGACAUUGCAAAGAACGCUGAAACUCAUUUUGUCAAUGAUAUUAUUGCAGAAGCA